AUGUCGGACGCAUCCGUUGACCAGCUCAAGGUCGAGCUAAACGCGGCCGAGGAGAAGCGUACCGUGCUGAAACAGGAGUGGUUCGGCAUUCACGCCGAAAUGGUCCAGAAGAAGGCCGCCCUGGACUGCCUCAAGAACACCCACGACCCCAGCCCAACCUCGACCAAGUACCUGAAGCACCUGGAGAUUGAGGGGGCCAUCGCCGAGCUCAUGCAGAAGGAGGAAAUCAUCAACGAGGCCAUACGAGAGCUCGAAGAAAACAUCAUGCUCUUCAGGUAUCGCAUAGAGCAGAAGAAGAAGUAA